AUGGUGAGAACCAGAAAUCAGAGAAUGGGAAAGUUACCUCGAAGAGGAACAACCAACAGCACCUCAAAACUCACCGGCACUGGAGAACCAUCGAACCCUGUAUGUGUCGAAGAAGAGAGUUCCGCCAACAUUGCGAUGGAUCCUGUUCCGAUAGCCAGAGUACCAUUCGGAAAACCCCAAGAACAAAGCACCAAUCCUCCAGGUAACUUGAAUCUCCCACUGAUAGAUCAUGAGGAAACCCCUAUACCCAUGCCCAUUGCGGCUGAUUUUGGAGACAAUAGGAUCGUUGAUCCAAAUGAUAUAGUGGUACAACUUCGGUUUGCCAUAAACCAAGGCUGGGAACCGGAUAUGGGUUCCUAUGUCAGCUCCGAACAAGAGGACAAUCCAAGGGAAUCAGAAGUUGAGGGACACACAGAUCCUCACAAUCACAAGGAAGUACAUCCCUCAAGUCCUAACAUUGAUGAACAAACCGUAAUUGGAGAAACCCCCAAUCCAAUUCCUCGGGUCUCCAAAAACCCUAGAAAGAGGAAAAUGCCUGACCCAUAUGAAGGAGCUGAUCCAAGGGCCAAAAGGCCAAGUGACUUCCCAGUACGUGCAUGCCCUCCUCAAAGACCACCAAACAUCCCACCAAAACCCACUAGAACCAAGAAACCAAGAAAUGUCAACACAGAGGAUGAACAAAACUGGGUACCAAAUGAUGAAAUUGAGCCCUCUGGCUACAAACUGGACAACUCAGAACAGAUCCAAGAAGCCCUCAUCACAAACCAACUCCUAGGAACAGUCACCAAUAUAGAACCUUAUGAUGAGGAAGUAAUCCAGGAAUUCUACUGUAACCUAACCAAAUCCACCACAAUUCCCAGUAGUCCUAUGUAUGGCAAAAUAUAUGUGAGAGGGAAAUUCUAUGAGUUCACACCAGACACAAUUAACAACUACCUUGGAACAUCUGAGAUUGAGCAAAAAAUUGAACUAAACAGUGAACAAGUAGCCAAGGAACGCACAGCAGGAAAUGUUAGCUUUGAAAAGAACAAAAUCAAAGCAGCUUCUCUGACCAGCAAGUAUGCAAUCCUACAGAAGAUAGCCCUUACAAACUGGAUGCCCUCACUUCAUGAAUCCACAGUAAAAUGGACCCUAGCAAAACUGCUGUACAAAAUAGGAAAAGGAGUGAAAACCAACAUGGGUUCAAUCAUUCAUGCACAAAUCACAAAUCUAGCAGAAGAUACCAAAUCCAACACCUCCCUAGUCUUUCCAAGCCUCAUUUUUUCAAUCCUGACAAAACAGGGCCUCAAGACUCAAGGACCCAAGACCACAGUCAAGAACUUCAACACAACUGUCAAACUAAGGAAGGGAAACCACCAAAAUGAUCUUAAAUCCACAACUCCAAAGAACAACCCACUUGACUCAAAAACACUGAUCACUUAUUUUGAAGGCAGAUUGACAGAAUUGGAAGCCUCAGAAAAACAACUACUGAGAAGACACAUGAUCAUCAAGGAAGAAAAAAUUGAAAUAACAGAAUGGCUGGCAGUAUUAAAGGCAGAAAUUGAAGAUAACCAAGAGCAAGGAACAGAAGAAGAUAUUCAAGAACACUCUCAGGAAUCAGAAAAUGAAGAUAAUCAAAGUCAAAACCAAGGAUCAGAAGAAGACAUCCAAGAAAGAGGUGCUGAAACACCAGUUUCAACACCAGAACCAGGAGAAAGAGAAUAA